AUGUCGGAGGAUAAUGAACGGAGAGAUGCAUCUGGCGAAAACACUGCGACCGACCAACUUUUGAUGCAAAGAGCAAAUUCAAAUACGAACACCGAAACAUCAAAUAAUAAUACUGUAGCUAUUUCUCAACAGGGUAGUGGUGUUGCUGCUGUUCCUCAACCAGCAGCUCCUGUUCCACGACGUCAAUCUGGCUGGGAAGUAUUUUUUCGUCGUACACCACAAAAUCCCGCAACAAAUUCAACAUUAACACCCUCAUUUGACGGAAGUGGUGCAUUCACACCAGGAAAUAUCUUCCCAAAAGGAUCAAAAUUGGACAUGUAUGUUUACAUUACAGAAGAUCAAAUAUACAAUUUUAAUCAAACAAACGAACCAUUUUGGUUAUUAGAAAAUCUUGAAUAUGGAAAUUGGAAAGCAGGACCAAAUAGAGAUGGAACAUUCACAAAAUAUGGACAAAUUCCUAUCAGCGAGACUGUUCAAAACAAUGGUUCAUUAUACCUUCAUGUAUUUGUCACUGAACACGGUUAUACACCAAAUCCGUACGACGGCGAUGCCUACUCAAGACGAUAUUCAUUCUCAAAAACAAAACGUUCCGCAUUAAACUUGACCUUAACCUAUUCUCCAUUACAACUAUGGAAAUGGCAAAUGUAUAUCUCUCAACAUUUGAGACAAUCCUGGUAUGGUAAUCUAUUAGGUGAUGAUGAAUCAGAUGACGAUCAAGAUGCAAUGAAGCGUGCAUUAAUCGAAACAAAUCCUUAUUUAUUGAUUAUUACAAUUUGCGUUUCUAUUGUACAUACGGUAUUCGAAAUAUUAGCAUUUAAAAACGAUAUUCAGUUUUGGCGUACUCGAAAAUCAUUAGAAGGUUUAUCUGUUCGUAGCAUAUUUUUCAAUAUAUUUCAAAGUGCAAUAGUGUUGCUAUAUGUGUUUGACAAUGAAACAAAUACAAUGGUUCGAAUUAGUGUGUUUGUUGGAAUAUUAAUUGAACUUUGGAAAAUACCAAAAAUUCUUACAUUUGCUCGUAUACCAGGUGAAACUUGGUUCGGUUGCAUUCCUAAAUUUAAAUAUGUUUAUAAACCGUCUUACACGGAAACUUCUACAAGUGAUUAUGAUCAAAAAGCGUUUCGUUAUUUAUCGUGGGCAUUAUUUCCACUAGUAAUUGGUUAUGCUAUUUAUUCAUUAAUGUAUCACGAACAUAAGAGUUGGUAUUCAUUUGUACUAAGUACAAUUUAUGGAUUUCUACUCACAUUUGGUUUUAUAAUGAUGACACCGCAAUUAUUCAUUAAUUAUAAAUUAAAAUCUGUUGCACAUCUACCAUGGCGAAUGAUGACAUACAAAGCAUUAAAUACGUUUAUUGACGAUAUGUUUGCGUUUGUUAUUAAAAUGCCCACAAUGUAUCGAAUUGGAUGUUUUCGAGAUGAUAUUAUAUUUUUUAUCUAUUUAUACCAACGUUACAUUUAUCCUGUUGAUCGUCGUCGAACCAAUGAAUUUGGCACAUCAGGCGAGAAUGAAACAGGUGCACCUGCUCUCCAGAAUGAACUAGAACAUCAACAAGAUCAAUCUGAUUUACAACAACCAGACGUUUCUUCUAAUUCACCUCCUGAUGUUGAUUCAGAAUACAUCAUUAUACCUCCGUCUAAAGAAACAGAAACAAUUCGGCAUCGAAAUAUAUUAGAGUCAGAUGAACAGACAAUAACUGAUCCUGUCGAUGAUCUACACCAGCAGACACCUAAUCUACAUCAAAAUGACGAAACAACUACCACAAUUUCAAAACGAGAUCCAGGUGAUUAUUUCAUUCGUAAAGAUGUACAAGAUUUAUUAACAAAUAUAACCGGAUUUGAUUUAAAUAAAAUAUUUCACGUUAAAAAUAAUAAAGAUAUGCAACGAACAACAUAUAAAUUUAUGACAGAUAAACAACUCAAAGAAGAACAAAUUCAGACAAUUGAACGAGCACGAUCUAAGCUACAAAUGGCACCCGUAUUGAGCGAAGCGAUUGAAAAUGUUGAAAUAUUAGAGAAAAAUCCAAUGUUGAAAGAUUUUUCUAAAAGUAAACAUUUAUUUAUUGAUAUCUCGUUGGGUAUACCGAUUCGAGAUCGUAUGAUUGUUGCGAGAGAAACAGAUGGUACAUUAAGAACAGCUACCCUUGAUGAACAAUCACGAAUGAGACAGAUUUAUUAUCCAGUACCAGGACGAGAAUUAAUUAUGCCCAAAAUGUUUGAAGAAGCAAAAUUAGAAAAAGUAUUAGAACGUGGUGAUUAUUUGUUUAUACUUGAUCGAGCUUGCGCUCAAUUUGAACCAGACGACCGUGAGUAUAUACGUGUUAUACAAACAACAUACGAACAUAUUGAAAAAACAAAUUCCUAUGAUCUUCUUCGGUCGACUCGGCAUUUUGGAUCAAUGGCAUUUUACUUCAUAUGGUACAAAAAAAUUGAUCGUCUACUAAAUGAUAUGAUCAGGAGAGAGUUAAUGACCGAUGCAGUAGCCCUUAUUCAGUUAUAUGGUAUUAUUCAUCCAGACACAAAAGUUUCUCGAUAUGAUUUUGCUCAAACUCAACCUUCUGAUAUAAUUCAGUCUUUUGCUGAUGAUGAAGCACGAAUACCAGGUUUACUUCAAGAAGCACUUCGGCAAUUACAACAACCAAUAGCAGCAGCUGCUAAUCGAUAA